AUAUUGAGACACAAUACAAGUUUUUAAUACAAACAAUUAAGGAAAUGUAGAGUAAUUUUCAGGCGGGGGUUAAAAGUUUUCGAAAAUGAUUUCUCUUGGAGGAAAUUAUGUAUGCGGGGGGAAAAAAAAGAGAAAAUAAAUUAGAGCACAGCACUGCAGUGACAUGAAUAAAAUAUAUAUAUAUAAACAGUAUUAGAUCUUUUAUCACCAUUUGUUAGAAAAAAUUAAUCAUGUCAUGGGUAUAGUGACUGGCAAGGUUGCUUUCAGUCGCAUACAUUGUAUGUACAUGCACGCACAUUACAGUGUAGAUAGCAAACUGGACCUAAACCAUCUGAUUUAUUUCUCUCUCUCACUCACUCACUAACAGACAGAAGGGUUGUCAUCAUGUAGAUAGCAAACUGGACCUAAACCAUCUGAUUUAUUUCACUCACUCACACACCAACAGAGAGACGGGUUGUCGACGACCAGAAAUUUCGCUUGCGGAAGGAAGGAAGGCCGCAGAAAUGUGCAGUUGGCGCCGGCGAUUGGAGUUGGCGCUUAUGGUGAGUUGUACAACACACUACAGCCAUCAGUGCAUCUUUGAGACAGAUCCCGUUACCCUGGAAAUUGCGUAUUACCAGAGUUGAUUGGCUGGUCAGUUGUGAGAGUAUAAAACAGACGGUCUGCUGUGGACCUGGUCUUACCUGCCCGAGGAAGCCAACAGCAAAGCUGCCAGUCAGCCCCGUGGCACCAUGAGCUCCAAGAAGCGAAAGCAGCUGACGAUAGCCCGUCUGAUGUCGGCCAUAGCAUCUCUGGGCGAGCGGAAUGGCUCCAUCGUCUCCUCCAUCUACCGCUUCCUGUCCAGGGACAAGGACUCGAGGCCGACGCGCUCAGAGAUUCGCAAGGUGAUGGACAAGGCGUGCAAGGCAGGACGCAUCAAAGCGUCUGACUCGUCGCCCCGCAACAAGAAGUGUGAAGUCUACUUCAAGCUGAUCCCCGAACGUUUGCUGGGCAGUACAGGCAAAGGAAGAAAGUCGUCGAGAGGUCAGAAGCGACGACGACAGCGGCGACGGGUGUGCAGAAAACAUGGACGACACCGCAGGCAACGAAAGAACAGCACGUCAAAGAGCAGAAAGUCUAAGAUGGGCGGCAAGGGAAGGAAGAAGAGGAACUGAUGUACCAACCACACGCGAUGCUGUGGCCUUGCUGUCUUACAACCCAGGUAAAGCUAAGAAAAUGCUGAAAAAAGACCCGCAAAUUUCUCACAGCCCUUUUCAGGGCUAACCCGUUCUUUAGAAAUUUGAGAAGAAGGAGAUCAUCAUCAUCAUCAUCAUCAUCAUCAUCAUCAUCAUCAUCGUCGUCGUCGUCGUCGUCGUUGUCGUUGUCGUUGUCGUCGUCAUCGUAUGUAUGACAAUCGACGGUUGAUGUCGCUUUACAUGAUUUAUCAGAAUGAGAGAGUCGAGCUCCUUGACAUGG